AUGUCCGCUGAACUUGCUUUUGAAUACUUGACCAAAUGGUACUCGAUAUUGAUCGGAGCUGCCUUGAUCUAUGGUAUUGCUCGUUACAUCAAAAUCCAGUUAUUCAUCAGGAAGCAUGGUUGUGAGGAGACUCCUUUCCUUCCAGAUGCUAAAUGGUUUGCAAUCCCAAUCAUGUCUAGAGUUCUUAAAGCCAAGAACGAAGGUAGAUUGGUCGAUUUGGCUCAAAGCUUUAUGACGUCUGAUAGGAGAACUACCCACGUCUACUUGGGCCCUGCCAGAAUUAUCUUCACCAUCGACCCAGAGAAUAUGAAGACCAUGUUGGCUACCAAAUUUAACGACUAUGCUCUUGGAUUCAGACACACCCAUCUUGCCCCAUUGUUGGGUGAUGGUAUCUUCACUUUGGAUGGCGAAGGAUGGAAGCAUUCUAGAUCUAUGUUAAGACCUCAGUUUGCCAGAGAACAAGUCGCCCACGUCAGAGCCUUGGAACCUCACGUUCAAGUUUUAAUGAAGCAUAUCAGGUUGAACAAGGGUAAGACGUUUGAUCUCCAAGAAUUAUUCUUCAAGUUGACCCUCGAUACCUCAACUGAAUUCUUGUUUGGUGAGUCCAUCUACUCUUUGUAUGACUCUUCUAUUGGUUUAACUCCUCCAACUGACAUCCAAGGCAGAUCCGAAUUCGCUGAUGCUUUCAACACUUCGCAGAAGUACUUGGGUACCAGAGCAUGGCUCCAAUUCAUGUACUGGGUCGUUCAAAACAGGGAGUUCUAUCAAUGUAACGCUAAAGUCCACAAGGUCGCUAAAUACUACGUCAAGAGAGCUUUGAAUUUCACUCCAGAUGAACUCGAAAAGGCUUCUGCCAACGGUUACACCUUCUUGUACGAAUUGGUCAAGCAAACUAGAGACCCAGUUGUGUUGCAAGAUCAAUUGUUGAACAUCUUGGUUGCUGGUAGAGAUACCACCGCUGGUUUAUUGUCGUUCACCUUCUUCGAAUUGGCCAGAAACCCAGACGUCUUCGAAAAGUUGAAGAAUGAAAUCUACGAACACUUCGGUAAGGGUGAUGAGUCCAGAGUCGAAGACAUCACUUUCGAAUCAUUGAAGCAGUGUGAAUAUUUGAAGUUCGUCUUGAACGAAGCCUUGAGAAUGUAUCCAUCUGUUCCUCUCAACUUCAGAGUUUCUACAAAGGACACCGUAUUGCCAAAUGGUGGUGGUAAGGAUGGAACAAAGCCUGUUUUCGUUGGUAAGGGUACUACUGUUGCUUACACCGUCUACUGUACUCACAGAGAUGAAAAGUACUACGGUAAGGACGCCAAUGUGUUCAGACCAGAAAGAUGGGCCACCUUGAACAAAUUGGGAUGGGCCUACCUUCCUUUCAACGGUGGACCAAGAAUCUGUUUGGGUCAGCAGUUUGCAUUGACUGAAGCUUCUUAUGUUAUUGUCAGAUUAUUGCAAAACUUCCCUAACUUGGUUUCCAAGGAUGACAGACCAUACCCACCAGCAAAGUCGAUGCAUUUGACAAUGUGCCACCAAGACGGAAUCUUUGUUGAAUUGUCUUAG